AUGACUUCAAAGAGAACACCAACACAGACCAUAAACGAUACCAUCACGCCAAAGAAGAAGAUAUCCAUCAAACAAACCCCUGAAGAGGAAGCACAGGCUAAACAGUACUUCCAAUCGCAUGUCUUUGAAGACUCCUUCAGAGAACAGCUUACCAAGAAUGUCAGGGAGUCCCAGCCUUAUCGAUGGGGGACCAUCAAGAAUUUGAUAAACGACCAACUUCUGAGAAACGUCAGAAGUGAAAUUAUGUCCGAAAUCGAAUUCACAAAGAAGGAGACCGAUAUCUACAAGGUGUUCCAGUCCGGUGAUUUGGCCAAUCUCUCUGCCAUGCCUCAAGACCUACUUGAGAGAUUGCCUAGUCUCUACAAGUUAAGAUCUGCAAUUUACUCGGAAUCGUUUCGUUCCUUUAUCUCCGCCGUAACGGGCUGUGGUAAAUUGAGUGGAAUCAAAACAGAUUUGUCAAUCCAACUAUACACAAAAGGAUGCCACUUACUCACCCAUGAUGACGUUAUUGGCUCCCGUAGAGUCUCAUUCAUCCUGUAUAUGCCAGACCCCGAUUCACACUGGAAAUCCCACUACGGUGGCGGCUUGCAACUCUUUGAUUCGUUGGUUCCUAACGUGCCACAGUCUGAUGUUCAUUCAAAAUUGAAUCCUGCAUUCAACCAAAUAGCUUUUUUCCAAGUUCAGCCAGGCCUCUCGUUCCAUGCCGUUGAAGAAGUCAAGGUCGACAGACAGAGACUCUCCUUACAAGGAUGGUUCCAUAUCCCUCAAAAGGGUGAAGAUGGCUACAUACCUGGUGAACAGGAGAAAACUGAAAGCUUAUCCACCUUACAAGCUUUGGAAUCCAAAGAAUUGAAGGAGUAUGAUUUCCCAAAACUUAGAUUCACUUCUAUCCCAGCCCCAAUUUCCCUAAAAGGUAACGACAAGUUGACAUUGAGUGACUUGGAUAAGGAGUAUCUAACAAAAUUUAUCAACCCCUCAUUGCUAACAUCUGAGUCCAUUGCCAAAUUAGGCGAAAUAUUCAAUGAAGAGUCUGUUGUUGAUAUAAUGUCCUUUCUGAAUAAAGACUAUGAGGGUGCAUUUAAACAACUACUCAAAAACACGGAAAUUAACGAGUUCCCCCCAAUGCCAACACUUCAAACCCAAGUUGAAGAGGCAUAUCCUUGGAAAUUGGCUAUACCAUGUCAUAAGCAACGAUAUGUUUAUAUUGAUGGCGCCAACGAGGAAGAUAUAAACACCCCAAAAAGUAUCUCCCAAAUCAACCAGGUCAAAGUUGACUCAACCAACGGUGUGAAUUUUGAAAUGAGUGCAAAGAUCUUCAGAUUAAUGGAUCAAAUUCCUGACUCCAAAUUUGAUGAGGUUAAAAAAGAAAAUCCUCAUGCUGUCAGAAACUUGGAGAUAUCAGCAAAGUUGUGUGAUUUGGCAGCUAUGUUCAAAUCGCAGUCAUUCCACAAAUGGAUCACACUAAUAACGCAGCUCAAGCUCGUCAAGAACCAUACUCUAAUCAGAAGGUUUAGACCUGGUUAUGAUUUUAUCCUUGCUACUAAUAAUACCGGUGAUGAAGAAAAUGAGCCUAAUAUAAUGGAAGGUGUGUUAGAAUCAACACUGAACUUGACACCAACACAAGGAUGGGAAACAGGUGAAUGGGGAGGAUAUGAGUUGUGCCUGAUUGACGAUGACCAUUCAGACAAGAAACUCGGAGAUGACUUGCAAAAAGAUGAUGGAUUAAAUGAGGAUGAAGCCGCAAUAUACAGAACAGCAGAUCAAGAUAGUGUUGUAUAUGAAAGUCAAGCAUGUUGGAACAAGUUCUCCUUGAUGUACAGAGACCCUAGUGUUAUGAAAUUCGUCAAAUAUGUCAGUUUUGAGGCACCAGGUUCAAGAUGGGAUAUCAACUGUAGUUGGAAGUGCAUUGAUGAAUCAGAAUGA